ACACACACACACACACACACACACACACACACACACACACAUUCUGCUUCUGCUCUACCGGGACAGGGACACACUCAGUCAGUCCGGAAUCAGUGCAGUAGCGUUAUAUCCGAGUGAAGGAGACAGAACUUCUUUCACUUCGACUUUUUUCCAUACAAUGUGAGGAAAUGGCCGAGCGAAGGUCUGACUGGGUGGAGAUUUUGGAGCCACGCUCACGCGAGCGCAUGUUCGUCAACCUCGUGACGGGCGAGUGCGGCUGGGAGGCGCCGGCCGGCGUGAGCGUUCGGCAGUCGGACGGUAACCAGUGGUGGGAGCUGUUUGACAACAACAACAACCGUUUCUACUACUACAACUCCACCAGUCAACAGACGGUGUGGCAUCGGCCACAGGGCUGCGACAUCGUGCCGCUGGCACAGCUCCAAGCUGUCAAGAAGAGCUCUGAGGCCGAGCUCAGGAGCCAUGGGAAGAGUGGGGGGAAUACCCUUGUCUCCGCAGUGCUAGCACCCAACUCGAGCACCUCUCAGGAGCUAGACAGUAGCAGGGAGACGCCAUCGUUAAAGAGCAGAGGGGGCAGUUUGGAGAAGAGGAGUGAGGGCAGCAGCGGGGUUCAACAAGGCUUUUACACCAAACCAGAGCACCCCUGGAGCUCUCGCCUCUGUGGAGAGCCAAAUCCAAGAUGGCAGCCUGCUCCAGGCUCCAAGGCGGCCAUGUUGGUGAAAGUGAGCGGCAGUGGCCGGAACCAGCACAUCACCCCUGCUAGCCCCCACCCCUUUACUCAUUUGAGCCUGCCCACCAGCAACACCCCCUCUCCUAUUCCCACAUACCCCAACAGGACUGCCUCCUUCGGCAAGAUAGACCCCAAACAGUCCUUUCAUCUUGUUAAGAAGGCCGACAGCGGCAGCCUCAGCAUGGCAAUGCCCAGCUCUGGUGCCCCCUCAUCUACAAAUGUUCGCCCUUCUUCCCCUCAGUAUGCCGCCACGCCCCCUGUGCCAAUCUACGAUGAGCCUCCAACUUCAGACCCACCCAUUUAUGAUGAACCACCAGCUGACAUGGAGGUGGAAGGGGCUGAUUACUUGACUCACGACCCCUAUAGACCAACCCACAGCAUGCCACGAUUGCCUCCACCCACCAAACUUCUCCAGUUCCCCCAAGCCAAGCACAAGCGCCAUCCCUCGGCCGGGGAGUACAGUGCAGCUGGACGCGAAUGCAUCAAGCACAUGGUGAAUGUCGACCUCCAGACAGGAGAGAGCCCAAAAGAAGAGAUUUCCCUGGAGAAGAAGCAGCCAUGGCACAGCCGUCAGAGCAGCCUGGCAUCUCAGGAGUAUCCACCACCCUCCACUGUCACCUACCAGGACUCAGGCUACUCUACAGGGCCCUCUCCAAGUCUGCGCCGAAAGAACCGCAGAAGAGCUGUUCCAGGGCAUGGGGCAGGAAGUGGCAGCGAUCUCAGUGACAAGCUGAUGGCUGAGAUGAAGGUGGUUUUAAUGAGCUCAGAAGGUUCACUGAAGAGCACAACGUUGCCUGGACAAAUGUCCGGCUCAGGGGAGGAUACAAUAGCUAGCGAGCGUUCACUGUACAGCAGACAUGGAGACGCGACUCUGACGCCAGUCGAGGGGUUAGCAGGUGGGCAGAAAAGGACAUAUGAGAAGGUGGACUCGUUGGAGAAGAGUGAAGCAUCUCACACUAGCCUGUCUUCUCCAGAGCCACCUGCAUCACCCUCACAGGCAGGAACACUGGAAUCCAAAAGCCAGUCGGACUUUCGCUCCCAACGCGGAAAAGACCGCAACAAUGACGUAACAGUUCACGGCAGCACUUCUGUCACCUCACUUCCUGUCCUCCAGGUGCAUACCCCCACCCCUGGACCCACCUACCAGUACCCCUACUCUACCCUAUGCAAGCCACCGAUUGAUGUGGAUAUAGAAGCCUGGGCUACCAAGAACCUGAACCAGCACACACGAGGCCUGCUGCGCAGACGUGUCUCCAUCGCCACCAUGCUGUCCUGGAGCAGCGCUUCUAUCAGGAAGCCUAUGCUGAUCACGAGCGACCGUGCCAUCAAGAAAGAAGCCUGUGACAUGUUUAAGCUUGUGCAAACCUACAUGGGAGACCGGCAAGUUACACGCCUCGACCGGCGCCAUGUCGCCCUUCAUAUAGUGACCAAGUGCUGGAGCAUGCAGGGCCUGAGGGACGAGCUGUAUGUCCAACUGAUCCGGCAGACCACAGACAACCUGAACCUCAGCAGCCUCUGUGCCGGCUGGGAGCUCAUGGCCAUCAGCCUGGCCUUCUUCUCUCCAUCACCCAAGUUUAGGCGCUAUCUUGAGGGAUACAUCCAGAGACACCUGGAGCCCAGUAAUGACAAGAAGAUAUUACAGAGGAUUGUGGAACAACAGGACAUAAAGAACAAGAAGAACUCGAAGUCCAGGAAGAAGAGGAAACAGAACAAUGAAGAAGAGGAAGAACAGGGUACAUGUUUGCCAAUCAGCACUUAUGCCAAAUACUGCUACCGCAAACUGCAGAAAGUUGCUGUGACUGGGGGUAAAAAGGGUCUGAGGAAACCUACCCUGGAUGAGAUUGAUCACGGUAGGAACGCCAUUGUGACACCCUCACUAUUCGGAAGCGCUCUGGAAGAGAUCAUGGAGAGGCAGAGUCAGCGGUUCCCUCUGAGGAGGCUGCCCUGGGUGCAGGUGCAACUUUCUCAAUGUGUCCUGGCACUCGGUGGAGCGCAGACAGAGGGUAUAUUCAGAGUCCCAGGAGACAUAGAUGAAGUGAAUGCCCUCAAAUUACAGGUGGACCAGUGGAAAAUUCCAGAAAAUCUCUCUGACCCUAACGUCCCUGCGUCACUAUUAAAGCUGUGGUACAGGGAGUUGGAGGAGCCUGUGAUUCCACAGAGUUUUUAUAUGCAGUGUAUCAGUCACUAUGAGGAUGCUGAAGCAGCCAUCAGCGUAGUGCAGGCUUUACCAGAGCUCAACAGACUGGUACUGUGUUACUUCAUCCAUUUCUUACAGGUUUUUGCACAACCAGUGAACGUAAGCAAGACUAAGAUGGAUGUGAACAAUCUGGCCAUGGUGAUGGCACCCAACUGCCUGCGGUGCCAGUCAGAUGAUCCCCGCAUAAUAUUCGAGAACACACGCAAAGAAAUGUCUUUUCUCCGAAUCCUCAUAGUGCAUCUGGACACCAGCUUCAUCACGGACAUGGUGUAAUUUUUAAGCAGUGAAAUUUGCCUCCUUGCUUAUCUGUGUGCCCAUGGGUGUCUCUUUCUUUACAGGGUUUAGUUCUAUGGCAUUGUUGCCUAUUAGCUGUUAUGCUGUUUGGCCAUGUCGGUGCUUUAUAACUCUGAGAAAAGAAUAAAGAAAGACAUGCUGAGGUCUUGAAGAAAGUGAUGAAUAACAUCAUUUAGUUAUCAAACUUCUUAGCUAAAACCUAAAAUAUGAGUCACCAGCAGGUGACUCACUGAUUCACUGAAUACCAGCAUUCAUUGCAGGUUUUUGCCUGUUUGACGUGAAUCGACUCAGAAUCAUUUUGAGUGAUGCUUUGUAGCAAAUGCCACUGUAGCGUCUGAAUUGAUUCAGAUAUAAAUCCUUUUGACUGGCAGACACUGUGGCAUAUCUACAGAAAUCAGACUGUUAACAUAUGAACCCAAAUGUUCAGGGACCUACAGCUCUUGGUAUUAUUGCUAAUAGUUCUGCGCUUUCAUUAAGUUGGGUUUUUGGACCUUUUUCUUUUUUGCAAGAUUAUCUGGGCAAUGUUCCUCAGUGGAUUUUUAAUUUAAUAUGGUUUGAGUGUGUUAAAUAUUUAAUGGAUACUAAUUUCUAUGUUUUGGAUUGUAUGAGCCUCUCUUAGAUGGUCUGCAAAGUCUUUAAAAAAAAAUCGGUCUCAUGCUGUGUCUACAGUGUGCACUGCUCAUGUUGAUGUGUGUCUGAAAGAAAGAUCUGUUAGCUCCGUUGUGGCCUGCUGACUUUAAACCUGGUCCCUGUAGUUGACAGUGUGUGUGUGUGUGUGUGUGUGUGUGUGUGUGUGUGUGUGUGUGUGUGUGUGUGUGUGUGUGUGUGUGUGUGUGUGUGUGUGUGUGUGUGUGUGUGUGUGUGUGUGUGUGUUAGAUUGCUUUCUGAAAGGUCAUCCUUCCAUAAUCAAAAGCUCAUGGCAUGGACAGUGCUUCAAAACAAACUCUCUUUUAUUUCAUCUCCUUCAGAGAAUUGACACUCCAUCAUUUGAUGUAGUACAUGCUAUUUUUAUCCAUCAUGUGUGUCACCAGGAAGGCACGGAGGAAUAUUCACUGCAUUCGAGCAAUCCAGACCAUACAGCUAGACAAUAUACAGUAUUUAGCUCAGGGAUUAUAAAGAGCGUUAAUAUACACAGCCCUGACUCUGCAGAGUUUAGAGUUAGUGAUUCGAAGUGACCAGACAUGUGUUGAAAACAUUUUCACUCAUGCAUCAGCUUUCACCAGUCCUUAAACCCUCAAGCCUUGAAGAUUAAAUCACAACUCAAUCCACAGAUGAUGUGGAUGACUGCAAAAUGUAUUUUUACUUUGGUAUUUUCCAUAAGACGGAGCAAUUUCAUAUCUCAGAUGUGUGGUUUUAAAGACAUAGCCAGGUCCCAGGCUGUAGUAUAUUUAGCUCUGUGGUCAGACUUUGGGGUUUAGCACCACGCAUGGGAGCGUUUUGGCUCUUGAUUUUGGAACAAGACAAUUUUUGACCGCACACACAGCACACCCUGACUUCUGUUUUUAUUAAGAUGUAGGCCCCAAAUAAUACAUCAAGCAAAAACAGUCAAGCAUGAGUAGCUGCUUGUUAUGACCCCUUUCCACAGCCGCGUGUGCCACACUGGCCCGAUAGCACACAUCACACACAUCUCUAAUAAAUUUGUCCAUGACUGGAGCGAGCUAGUAGGAGUCCUUGUGCCAUAGCAGAUGCACUUCAGUGCAUUUCUUCUCAUCUUCCAUGUCAGUCAACACAAGUCAAUCAACCUGACUGGAAACCAGUUGAUAAAGCUUGAGAAUCUUCACACUUGCCUAAACAGCAAGUCCAUGCCACUGAUAUUUCUCUGGUAUUCUGUAAAUAUGAUUGUAUGUUUCACGUUCUAUGUAUGUUUACCCCUUAAUUUAUCCCUUUUCAAUCAAACAUCGCUACAUCUAUGAGGAUAUACUUUAUCUUUUCAGUCUGUUCAGAGUUCUGUCAUAUAGCGUUCACCCCCCCCCCUUUAUAUAUAAUCCUGUAGAUGAUUGUGUUGAAUAGUGAACGGAAUUGUAGCAGAAUACAGCCACACCGAUUCUGUGUGUGUUGUCAGCCUCCACUAUGCUCCUGUAUUGCACUUACCUGCGUGUCCUCCCUCUCUGCGCCUCUCAGUGAUGCUUGCAGGGACUAACGACCUCUGACUCGAAUUGUAAAUAUUUCUUUUUUUUUGCUGUGAUCCUCUGACGGGCCUGCUAGAAAAUAAAGACGGAUGGCAAGCAUUUAAUUUCUGUUGUUUCAGAAAGAAAUAAAGUUUGUAAAUUUGCAGAAA